UGUAAAACGUCGGUGUCUCGCUGCAGCGGACACUAAACCAGCGGAACCUCUUCUUUUACGCCUGUGUUCAGUCAGGAUGAAGUAGUUUCCGGGCGACAGGGUACCAGCAGUAAACAUGGCGGAGGAGCUGCUGGAAACAGUGGACAGACUUCAGUCCCGGCUUCAGGAGAACCCGGAGCCUCGAAAGCUACUAAAGACCCUCAGAAGACUGGGGGAACUUCCCAUGACUGUGGAUAUACUGGUGGAAACUGGAGUGGGGAAGACUGUGAACUCUUUCAGGAAACAUGAAGUAGCUGGAGAGAUGGCAAAAAGCCUUGUGGCCAAGUGGAAGAAACUGGUUCCUCAGUCUGCAGACAGACCCAACAGCCACGCCAAAGAGGCCCCUCGGUCACACACACACUCUCGAGGCCCAGAGGCGGGAGGAGGAGGCCACAGACGCAUCCGGGAGUCCUCCCCCGUGGAGGAGCCCUCCUACGAGGAAGAGGAGGAGGAGGAAGAGGAGGAGAGAGGCUACCACACCAACUACUCGCCCUCGCCUCCUCGACAGGAGCAGUACAGCCCUCCGCAGCGAGGAGGCUACCAGUCAGACGAGUACGGAAGUCCAGAGCCCGAGCCCGCCGAGCCUGAACCCGAGCCUAGUCCUCCUCCUCCUCCUCCACGCAAAGAAGUCCGCCACGCGAAACCAAACAAGGAGCCCAGCAAGAACCACCACCACCACAGUGACCGAAACAGGGACAGGGAGGAGGAACGACGGCAACGCCACACACAGACAAGUAGCGAUCGAGGAGGAGGAGGAGGAGGAGGUGAAGGAAAGAAACGUGGUGCAGACAGAGAGAGGCAGCAGAGUCCAGUACAGAAACCUGCCAAACACAGCAAAAAGUCCACCACACACGAGAGCAAGAGGGAGGAGAAGAGGAAAGGAGGAGAUGAUGGGCGACCACGAGCACCAAAGGACUCUCCACCUAAGGAGGAGGAUGAGGAGUUCGAGGCUCCCACCAUGUCCUUCGAGUCCUUCCUCACGUACGACGCCCCAACGUCUAUCAAGAAGAAGAAGAAGCCAUCGUCGUCGUCACACAGUCGGCCGUCUCACUCAUCCUCUUCCACGUCGUCUUCCCAUCACCACACACGCACCCCUGCGCCGCCUGCGACCUCUUCCUCCUCCUCUUCCUCCAAAGUGAGUAAGGCGAACGGCACUCAGAGCAGCAAGAGGCCACAUUCAAGCUCCAGCUCAGCUGCUGCACCGGAAAAACGCAAGAGGGUGGUUGAGGCCGUUCCAACGCUUCCUGAAAUCCCUCUGCCAGCAAUUCAACCCAACUACAGACCUCUACCCUCCAUUGACGUCACGCCGCUGUCGCCGCAGAGACGCAAAGUUCCCGUUUUCAACGAUGAGGAGGACGCCGGGUUCACAGGGAAGCGGUUCAACUCCAAGAUGGUGGUCUACUCAGGAUCAAAGACCUCUUACUUGCCUAAGAUGAUGACCCUGUACGAGCAGUGCAUCCGCGUGCUGCAGAACAACAUUGACUCCAUCGCUGAGGUGGGAGGGGUGCCAUUUGAUAUCCUGGAGCCGGUUCUGGAGCGGUGCACACCUGAGCAGCUGUACCGCAUUGAGCAGAACAACCAGUGUUUUACGGAGGAUUCUGAUGAGCUGUGGAUGCGUCACUGUCAACGGGACUUUAAGCGCGAGACUCCUCAGGAGUACGAAUCGUGGAGGGAAAUGUACCUGAGGCUGCACGACGAGCGCGAGGAGCGGCUGAGGAUGCUCACCCAGAACAUCACCUCCGCACACGCCAACAAACCCAAAGGGCGGCAGGUCAAGAUGGCGUAUGUGAAUUCUGUCGCCAAGCCGCCACGUGACGUUCGCCGCCGGCAGGAGAAGUUCGGCACCACCAGUGGUUUGUCCACAGCCGCCUCCAACGCAGCUGCAGCUCCCAUCAAAAUAAGACCAGCUACCACAGACUACUCUGGUGAAUCCAGUCGCUCCUCUUCCUCCAGCUUGUCCCGUUCCUCAGCACCAGGAGGAGUAGGAGGAGUAGGAGGAGGAGGAGGAGGAGGAGGAGGACACGCCGCCCGAGACAAACCACAGGUCAAAAAAAUCGCCCCCAUGAUGGCCAAAACUAUCAAAGCGUUCAAGAACAGAUUCUCACGCCGAUAGUGUGAAAGAGACUGAAUGUAUUUUAUGAAUUCCAACUGUUUUUAAUUUAAGUUUAGUAAAAUUUUACUGGAGACCCCUUCAACCCUGCACACACACACACCAUCAUCAUUGUUACCCACCAAACAUAUCAUGAACUUUUCAGUAUUGGUGGAAAAAUUGAAUUUUUUUUGUUUGUUUUGUUUUUUAAUUUAAGUGGUGGCAUCUGUUUUGGGGCUCUUCAAAUAAGUAUUUAAAUCAUAAAUGACGGUCAAAGGAUGUGACGUGUUAAGAAAAUCAAGUCGCCAACUUUUUAUAGGAUACAAAAGGACACACAAACACAAAGUCUGUUACUUUUCUUGUUUUUUAGUUUGACAGUUUGGGAAAUUUGCUCAUUCGCUGUCUUGCUAAGAUUCAGAUGAGAACAUCGAUACCAGUCUUGUGUCUGUAGGAUGAUCGCAAAGCUACAAGCGGCUGCCAGUUAGCUUAGCUUAGCAUAAAGACUGGAAGCAGGUGGAAACAGCUAGCCUGGCUGGACUUUUUUUGUUUUAUUCACUUGUUGAAACAAUUAUUUAAACUAAUUUCUUUUCAUUUCCUGGUACGGGGAAUCAGAAAUUGUGAUGCUGCUGUGCCUGGGAAUUGAACAAAACUGUGCAGCAUCUGAAUAUUGUUAGGUAUUUUGCCUUUCUUUCACCCAAUUUAAAAAAAAAAAAAAAAAAUCAUGUUAAUAGCAACAACCACUUAUAUAAAAUGAUAUGCAAGCAACAGCGCCCCCUACAGUCACACCCUACUAUGGUCACUUUGUUUUUUGAACAGUUAAACAAGAUAAAAUGUAUUCAUUAGUGAGAUUUAGAGAUGCUGGUAGGUGGUUAUUGUUACAUUUAAACAGAGCUAUGUUAGCUGUUUCCCUCAGUUUCCAGUCUUUAUGCUAAGCUAAGCUAACCAGCUGCUGGUUAUAGCUUCAUAUUUAUCCCACAAACACAACAGUGGUGUCUGUCUUCUCAUCUAACCCUCAAUAAGAGAGCGAUUAAGCGUUUUUCUUUCACGGGAGACAGAACAUACUCGUUCUCUUAAUCUAAAGAUUAGUCAUCUGUUACUUUUCUUUAUGACCAAAUGAUACACUACACUAGGAAACAACCUCUACACACUCUUUGUUUUGUCUUUUAAUCGCAUGCAUAGUGCACGUCAGCUGCAACAUUAAGACUUCACCUGAGACAUCGACUGGCUGGUGAAAGGCGCUUUUUUUAAAAACAAACACAUGCAGAGUAACAUGUUUUUGCCUGGUGCAUUUUUCAAUGUGUGGGGCUAAAAUGAUCUAUGAAAUGCACACACAUAUACACACAAACAUACAGAAACACACAUUGUAGAGUUAUUUUAACCCUCCCUGUGGCUUCAGACCAUGUUUUCCUGCUGUCGAAUGUGUGCGUCCCUCUUUAUAUCUGCUUCACUGUGACAAAUAGCUCAAGUGAGGGCUGAAGAAGAAAAACAACAAUAAGGAAAGAAGCUGGUUGGACGACAACAAUAGGGAUGAUGAUGAUGACAUAUUUAUUUUCAACACUGGGACCUGGUACAACAUGGGCCUGAAAGGAAGUAGAUUAAAAAUUGUAAUUUUAUUAGAUUUUAAUAAAUGUUAUAUGGUCAUUUUUAUUAAAAUUGACUUUUUGCCCUUGA